CGUCCCGGGAGCGGGAGGGACGGACGCUGGGAGCCAGGGCGUGAAGAGCGGAGCCGCCAGACUGCGCUGCAGCCGGGGAGAGUCGGUCCGGGCGAGUAGCUGCAGCCAUGGAGGGGAGAGAAGAUGCCGAGGGCAGCUGCGAUGUAGCUUUUGCUGAAGCUCAGAGAUGGGUGGAGGCAGUCACCGGGAAAAGUUUUGGAACCAAAGAUUUUCGAGCCGCUUUAGAAAACGGAGUCCUGUUGUGUGAUUUGAUUAACAAGAUCAAACCUGGCAUCAUUAAGAAGAUCAAUCGUCUAUCUACUCCAAUAGCUGGUUUGGAUAAUAUAAAUGUUUUUCUGAAAGCUUGUGAAAAUAUUGGAUUGAAAGAAGCUCAGCUUUUUCAUCCUGGUGAUCUUCAGGAUUUGUCCAGUCGAGUUACUGUCAAGCAAGAGGAGACCAAUAGAAGACUUAAAAACGUUUUGAUUACAUUAUACUGGCUGGGGAGGAAAGCACAAAACAAGUCUGGUUACAAUGGUCCACACCUUAACCUUAAAGCAUUUGAGAAAUUACUAGGACAAGCUCUAACCAGGGCCCUCGAAGAAUCUAGCAGUCUGAAAAGCAGUGGCAGGGACAGUGGGUACGGUGAUAUUUGGUACAUUGACCGUGGAGAAGCAUUUUCACCUUCCACUAGCCAUAAAAGAGACGAUUCUUUCGAUAGCCUGGACUCCUUUGGUUCAAGAUCCUCCACAAGCUUUUCAUCAGAUAUAACCUUGAAGGGUAGCAGUGAAGGUUGUGAAAGUGACACGGACUCUGAACUGCCUUACAAAAUGCAUGAUUCUGGCAAAGAUAACAUGUCAUAUCGCAGGAUUGCUGUGGUUGAACCAAAACCUACUACAGACUUCAAUCGGUUCUUACCCACCAACAGGAAACAGGCACCAUAUAUGCCAGCACCGCUCAGGAAAAAAAGGAUAGAGAAGAAUGAGGACAACAGAAGAAGCUGGGCAAGUCCUGUCGUCACUGAGCCAGAUGGAACAUUUUCAAGGAGCAAGUCUUUGAAUGAUGUCAGUAUAGACGAAGCCCAAGUUAUGCGCCAGGUUCAUUAUGAAGAGCUACAGAAAAUAAAAUCCAAGAUACAGGAACAAGAUCAACAAUGGCAAGAUGAUCUAGCAAAAUGGAAAAAUCGUCGAAAAAGUUUCACUUCAGAUUUGCAAAAGAAAAAGGAGGAGAGAGAAGAAAUCGAAAGGAGAGCCUCUGAGAAUUCUGAAAGAAAUAGCAAGUCACUGAAAGAAAUGCAGCAGGACAGGGAGAACAGAGAUCAAGGAUCCUACCGGGACAUCCAGCAAAAAAGUGAACGCAGGCGAAUGCAUUCAUCAGAUGAUGUAUUUAGUGAAGAAAAACCUCCUUCCAGAUCAUCAGUAGCAAAAGAUUACCUUGUUGAAAAAGAUGCCUCUUACAGCUUUAAGAAGAAUGAAGAAUCAUAUGCUGCACAAACUAACAAUGAGAAUUCUCAAAAGCCAGAGAUCUAUGCAACAGUUGAAACUCAAAUUCCAUCUAAAAGCCUAUUAGAAGAACAGAGCUCAGUCCCUUUGUCUACUUACCCUUCAGUGAAUGCACAAAUGGGGUCAGCUCGGGUUUCAGCUUCUCUCCCCAGAAAUUACCAGAAAACUGAUACCUCUAGGUUAACAUCUGUGGUUACACCAAGACCUUUUGGUGUCCCCUCAAGAGGAAUCUCGUCACUUCCCAGAUCAUUUACGGUGGACGAUGCCCAGAAAUAUAAUGGAGAAGUAGAUGGAGCUAAGAGAUCUCAAAGUUUGCUCACGAGCUAUUCAUUUUCAACAAUGGAAGCAGGACCACUUCUCUCUGCAGAUGCAAUGACAAGUGGUGGCAAGGAGGAAAAGGAAAGCAUUAAAAUAACAGAGUCUCCUGCACUGAGAGCCUCUGCUACAUCCCAAUACCAGGAUGCAGUGUCCCCUGGUCUUAAAUCAGAGUAUUAUACUCAUUCUGACCCUAUUACAGUUGCAUCUUCUGCAGAAAUAAGAAGCCUGCCAGAGCCAGAGGUUUCAGUGUCACAGGACCAGUACAGUGAAAUGAGAAUCAGUAUAAACCAGAGACCUGGUAACAGUCGCAACUUUGGGUUCACCACAAAUUGGAAACCUUCUGGGGUUUUUAUACAAACAAUUGAAGAAGGUAGCACUGCAGACCUUGGCCAGCUGCAAGUAGAUGAUGAAAUCAUUGCUGUUGAUGGCACAAGAGUUUCACAAAUGGACCAUAAUCAGUGGGAGAAAGCCAUGGCCAAUGCACUAGAAACUGGAAACCUGGUCAUGGAUGUCAGACGAUAUGGAAAAAAUGAUUGGGGCAAAGACCAGCCUUCCCUGCCAUAUGUAAGGCAUAAAAUCCUCAAUCUCACCAGUAUGGCUACCAACAUUGUAGGUACACCUGAAAAUAAAUGGAUUGAUGCAACUUCUGGAGAUCAGAAUUCUACGAACUCUUCAAACAUAUCAGCCAAAAGAGAUUUCUCCUACAGCCUUCAAAAUUCUGAUACUGGAGCAAAAGUGAUAAAUGGAAUGCAAGCAGAUCUGAGCUCUAAUGAACAAAAAGAAUCUGAACCUAUUUCUUUGAAAAACUUAAAAAGACGGUCACAAUUUUUUGAACAAGGAGGCUCAGAGCCUGCAGUGUCUGAUCUCCCAGUUCCAUCUAUUAAUGCUCCUAGUCGUUGGACUUGGGACCAAGAAGAAGAGAGAAAACGACAGGAAAAAUGGCAGAAAGAACAGGAACGUUUACUUCAGGAGAAAUACAGACGUGAACAGGAGAAAUUGCGGGAAGAAUGGCUACAGGCUCAGCAAGAAGCAGAAAGAGAGAGUUCCAAAUAUUUAGAUGAGGAGCCGACUGCCCUAACCUUAAACACAGUAUCGGUAACUGCACAUGCACCACCUAUUUCUAGCUGGAGAACAAACAUGGGAGAAGACACUGAUGCUCCUGAAGGAGGCAGAAGACAUGAAUGGGGGGAACAGCAGCAGAAUGAGGAAGAGAAGGAAAUGGAAAGGCAGAGACUCCAGGAGGAAAGGAGACUUCAAGAGGAAAAAGCCCUGCAUUUGGAGCAAAAAAGGAAAGCCCAAGAACUAGAGCUUGAAAGAGAGUGGAAAGCAAAGGAACAACAGUAUGCUGAGGAGCAGAAGCGGCGGGCGGAGGCUGAGGAGCAGAAGCGGCGGGCGGAGGCUGAGGAGCAGAAGCGGCGGGCGGAGGCUGAGGAGCAGAAGCGGCUCAUGGAAAAAGAAAGGGAGAUACCAAUGCAGAUGCCCCAAUACCGAAGACAUUAUGACAAUUAUGAAGUAUCUCAAAACUUUGAAGAUCCAUCUGGACACUUUCUUGCUGACAGAAAUAAAUCCAGAUCGACUUCAGAACUGGAUGAUUACCCCAGAAGCAGAAAUGGUACAAACAACAAAUAUUUGGAAAGGUCCUGGAAUGUCAGUGAUUCACAGAAGGGGUCUCAAAAAGAGCGUGCCCCGUCUUCAGCAGAAAUAGAGAGACAACAUAUCCUUCAGGAAAUGAGAAAAAAAACGUCACUAAAUACUGACAACAGCUGGAUUAGGCAGCGUAGUUCUAGUGUGCAAAAGGACCCCGUUAAUCUACACAAGAAUACAAUGAAGAGAGGUGAAUCGUUAGAUAAUCUUGAUUCCGCAAGAACAAGUUCAUGGAGACAUUCAUCUUGGAUGAAUCAAUCUGCCUCUUCCACAUCAUCUAGUCAAGAUUUUGGUCGCUCUGCUGCUCCACUAGUGUCUACUUCGAACCGAGCUUACAUGCGUACCCCCUCCUCCAGUGUAGCACCUCCUUCAGCCAGCUCUGGAAGAUCAGCCACUUCUUCCCACACUUUCCCCUCAGCACCUUCUUCUGUACCGCGUGCUCAGUCUCCUACCUCUGCUUCCCAAUCAGGAGCCCAGCAGCGGAACAAGUCAGUCAGUGGGAAGAAAAUAUGUUCAUACUGUAAUAACGUUCUGGGCAAAGGAGCAGCCAUGAUCAUCGAAUCUCUUGGUCUUUGUUAUCAUUUACGUUGUUUUAAGUGCGCAGCUUGUGCAUGUGACCUGGGGGGCUCACACUCAGGAGCUGAAGUCAGGAUCCGAAACAAUGAACUCUUCUGCAACGACUGCUAUGUCAGAUUUAAAACUGGACAGCCAACCGCCAUGUGAAGCAACCAUAAAUAUGAAACCAUUGUUGCAGAUAGAAGAGGAGGUGGUUGCUGGUGAUGUAGAUUUAUAAAUAUGUAUUUUGUUUGUGUUUUUUAAGGGUAACUUUUUUGCCUGUCUAGAUUAUGUAGAAGAUGCAUUGUAUCUUUCAUUCAACUUUAGUUAUUUAUGAGAAUGUAAUCACAAGAAGGAAAUCUCUUUAGGGGGGGAGGGAGGGAACACAUUCACUUUUUGAGUUCAAUAUACUAAAAAGCACAAGGGAGAACAAACAUUUAUCAGUAAUAACUUCAAAACAUUUUUGAGGCUGAUAAUCAACUAGCAGAGUUUCCAAUGGUAUAUGAAGAGGGUAUUUGGUUUUUUAUGUUCUUAAAUGAGCACUAUUGAAAUAGUUAAUAUAAAUAUGUAUUUGUAAUUGCUGUCUUUAUUUUUGACAUAUGCUACGAAGUGAAUUCUCUAGAAUAAUAUGAAGCUGCAUUAAAAUGUACACCAAAGUGUUUGCUUUCUGUAUUCUGGUUUCUAAAACUGUUUACUAUUUGCUUUUUGAAAAUAAAAUACAAAGUAUAGUCUG